AUGGCGGUGUUCCCGAGAGGCUGUCAAAGAUCAGAAGCGCGUUCCCCCAAGUCCACCGAUGCCGCUCCCGCGCGUCGCCCCUCGUCCGCGCCGUUCCGCCUGCUCUCCGCGCCGGUGGCGGCGCUCCCGCUGGUGCUGGCGUUCGUAGAGGCGGAGCUGCCCAACGCCAUGGACACCUUCACGGCGCUCUCCGACUUCCACAUCACCGAGCCCGCCUUCAAAGCUUUUUACAUGAUCUUCACGUGCGUCUUCUGCUGGGGCGCGCUCGUCUUCGGCUCCAUGAACGACGAGUACUACGAGAGCGACGAGUACCGCAAUGCGGGCGGCAACGGCACCCAGUUCUGGAUCUACCAACGGGCGGAGGAGGAGGAGGAGGGCGGCAGGGAGGAGCUGUGGAGGGAGGAGUUGAGGAGGGAGAUAGAGGAGAAGGUGACGGAGGUGAAGGGGCUCAAGGGGGCCGUGCGGGAGGAGGAGCUUGUUUGA